AUGGCUGUCCCCCGGAGUGUUCAUCGCCUGCAGCAGACGCUGUCUCACGUCCAGCCGCCACCGGCACCCCUCCAAUGGUCAAUGGUGGCGGGGCCAACUCAGCCGAAGCUCUUGGAUAUUACCCUCGGUGAGCUGUUGACGCUGCAAGCGCUGCAAUAUGGAGACUAUGAGUGCUUGGUCUUCCCAUGGACGGGUGCGCGAUGGACAUAUGCCGACCUGAAAGAUGAGGCCGACCGUCUCGCACGUGGAAUGCUCGCCAUGGGCAUUCAAAAGGGCGAUCGUGUUGGUAUUAUGGCCGGCAAUUGCGAACAGUACAUCUCGGUCUUCUUUGCGGCAGCGCGAGUUGGCGCCAUUUUGGUGGUAUUGAAUAACACGUAUACUCCUUCGGAGCUCUAUUACGCUCUGAACCAUACCGACUGUCGCUUGCUACUCAUGACUCCCCAUAUCGGCCGUCAUAACCUUGAAGAAGUCCUAAAGGAGCUUGGCCCCAAGCCCAAGCAAAACAACACAUCGAAAUGCCUGGAUGAGAUCGUGAUUCUCCGCGGCAGCUACCAGAAUUUCACCACAUACGGCGAAGUCAUUGACCGGGGUCAAUCACAGGCAGCUCAUGUACUACUGGAUCGCGAGGCCGAGCUGCGACCCGACGACGUCUGCAACUUGCAGUUCACCAGUGGCUCAACUGGAAAUCCCAAGGCAGCUAUGCUGACCCACCAUAACCUUGUCAAUAACUCGCGAUUCAUUGGCGACCGCAUGAAACUCUCCUCUUUCGACAUUCUAUGCUGUCCACCUCCACUCUUCCAUUGCUUCGGCCUCGUUCUAGGCAUGCUAGCAGUGGUGACCCACGGCUCGAAGAUCGUCUUCCCCAGUGAAACCUUUGAUCCUAGAGCCGUGCUACACGCCAUCUCGGACGAGAAAUGUACCGCGCUGCAUGGUGUCCCCACCAUGUUCGAAGCCAUCUUAAGUAUCCCCAAGCCUUCUGGGUUUGAUACCUCGAACCUGCGCACGGGAAUUAUCGCCGGAGCACCAGUGCCACGUCCCUUGAUGAAGCGACUUCUUGAAGAUUUGAACAUGACCGAGUAUACUAGCAGCUACGGUCUAACCGAGGCUUCGCCCACCUGCUUCAAUGCUUUCACCACCGACAGCAUCCACACACGAUUGACCACGGUCGGCAAGAUCCUGCCCCACGCCCGCGCCAAGAUUAUCGAUGCGAAGGGGAACAUCGUCCCCAUUGGUCAGCGCGGUGAACUCUGCAUCGCCGGAUACCAACUCACCAAGGGCUACUGGCACAAUCCGGAGAAGACGGCCGAGGCUCUCAUCACCGACGCCGACGGAGUGACCUGGCUGAAGACGGGCGACGAGGCCUCCUUCAACGAGCAGGGCUACUGCAGCAUCACCGGUCGGUUCAAGGAUAUCAUCAUUCGCGGCGGCGAGAACAUCUACCCCCUCGAGAUCGAGGAGCGUUUGGCCGCACACUCACAUAUCGAGCUGGCCUCCGUCAUCGGCAUUCCCGACGCCAAGUACGGCGAAGUUGUUGGUGCAUUUAUCCAGCUGGCUGCAGGCCAGAGCCGACCGACGGAUGACGAGCUACGCGCCUGGACAAGAGAGACUCUGGGCCGUCACAAGGCGCCGCAGCAUGUGUUUGUCUUUGGCGAGGAAGGUGUACCCAGCACGGUUCCAGUGACGGGAAGCGGAAAAGUGCGCAAGGUGGAGUUGCGGCAAAUGGCAACGGCAGCACUGGAGCAGCGAGGAGUCCAGGCGUAA